AUGAAAGUUGCAGCACAAGCAGCAGCUAAAAAAGAUGAAAAGAAAGAAGAAGAGUCCAAGGGAAAAAAACAGGAAAAGAAAGAAAAAUAUGUAGAACCAGCAAAGUCACCAAAGAAGGAAACUUCAGCUGCAGCUGAAAAACAAGUAAAAGCAAAAACUGAACGAGGCAAAGAAGAGGUUGGUGCUGCUUCGACUAAAAAAGCUGUACCUGGAAAGAAGGAAGAAAAAACAACCAAGACAGUGGAGCAAGAAAUUAGAAAAGAAAAAUCUGGGAAGACUUCAUCAGUUCUGAAGGAUAAAGAGAUUAUUACAGGGAAAGGAGUGAAGGUCCAAGCUACCCUAAAGGAAAAAGGACCUGAAAUUAAAACAGAUGAAAAGAUCUCAAAAUCAGGCAAAGAUGUCAAGCCUAAACCUCCACAGUCACAAGAAAAGAAAGAAGAAAAAACAGCUUCAUCUGAAAAGGCACAAAUUCACAAACAAGACACAGUGAAACCACAAAAGACUAUUUCUCAUGACAAACCAGAAGAAAAAGUUCUCAAGCAGGUAAAAGCUGUCACUGUAGAAAAAACAGCCACACCCAAACCAGCAAAAAAAGCUGAAGAUCAGGAAAAAGAACCUCCAUCUACAAAAGCAGAGAAACCGAAACCAACUCCAAAGGGAAUAUCGGAAGUCACAGAAUCAGGGAAGAAGAAAAUUGAAAAAUCUGAAAAGGAAAGUAAAGGAGAAGAUUUUGAAGGAGUACCAGCUCCAAAGAAAGCUAAAGAAACUGAAGACAUGUCUUCUCCAAAGAAGCAAAAAAGUCCCAUCAGUUUCUUCCAGUGUGUUUACUUGGAUGGGUACAAUGGCUAUGGAUUUCAGUUUCCUGUCACUCCUGCACAAUACCCUGGAGAGAACUCCGGCAAAUCAAAUUCUCCAGGACAGAAGUAACAGGGACAGUAGACACACAUGCUUGACCCUUACAAGUGUUUUAAGAUGAUGAAAAUGAGGUCUUCUUUAUUCACAGUGGUGCAGGCAGUAGAAAUCAUGCAAUUCAGAUAAUUUUUUGUAUAACAUCUUAUACUUCUGCCUGAUGUGGAAAGAAGGUGGUGAAAGGGGUUGAAUAAUAAACAAACAUGUUGAAGGGUCUGAUGAUCAAGAAUAUAAUAUUAGUGUGUUUGUUGCUUUGGAGUAGGAGAUGCUUGUAUUUUUCUAUUUCUACUCAUGGGAAGGUUGCACACAAAUUAGUUUAAAGUUUACUUAAUAUUGGUCUUUUAAAUGUGAUUUAUGCAAUUACAAAAUGAAUUUCCUGACAUCAGUUUGAUAUUCAUUUUUAAAUGGUAAUAUAGACUGCAUUCUAAGUUUAAAGGUACAAAAGCUUAUCUAAAAGUGACUUCUGUGUCAUGUGGGUAUCUAAGUUCAAUUUACCCAAUAAGUUGAUGCUGAAUAGUUUCAUUCUGUUCAUGUCUGUUUCUAUUUUAGUUGUGUCAAUACUCUAGAAUGGAUAACAGUUGCACCAGAACGCAACAAGUUCCUUGUGAUAUUCUUAGAGCUCAGAAUGUCUCUGAACUUUAGACAUGAAAAGAUGGAAAAUAAAUGCUUGAUGAAUCUUAUCUCUAAGAUUAAUCAUGAACUACAAUUAAGACAUUCACUCUAGUAGAUAUACACCUCCAAUUAGGCAGGUCUGCUGAGUUAUUUGCUUGAAAUAUAAACAAAUGUGAUGUGGAAUUUUCAGAUUUCUCCACACUGUGUCUUAAUGAAAAUGUCACCUGGAUGGAAGUUUAGAUCAAUGACUAAACCUGGGUGAGAGAUGCAAAUAUAUUUUCAUUUCACUUAAAUACAUUUUCUUGGUGAAAUUAAAUGUUUUCUUUUUCCAAAAUGGAAAAAUAUGAAUGCCAUCAAAUUUUAAGGAGCACAAUUUAACUAUAGAUGUCUUCAUGAGAUAUCUUACUUGCUUUCAAGUUGAUGGGUGAUCAUCACCCAUGACAUGUAUGACGAUUUUUACUUGCUUGACAAUAUAUCACUGGAAAUGACUGCUAUGACUUUGUCAUCUUCCUAAUGAUACACACACUCAUGUUCUUACAACAUUUUUCUAUCAACUCUGAAAGUCACGUAUCUGCAAUCUUGUUAUACUUCCAGUUGCAAAUGAACUUAUGACAAAGUAACUCAAAUAAUUUGAGUUAUUCUUUCUGGUGUUUUAAUGAUCUUAGCAAGGUCUAAGCUAACCAGAACCUAUAGUAACCAAGUGAUUUAUUUUUAAGGACUACAACCAACUAAGGUUGUUAAGACUCAGUAUAUGAUCAGUUUUACAAAACUGCUUAGGUUAGGUCAUCAGUAAUACAUUCACUAUUACUAAUGGAUUUUCACUGACUUUUGUGAAAGAAUUUGGUCUUGGACAGAUAAUGGGAGAUCCAGUUCAUGCCACAAAAGUCAACAUUACAAUAAACAUGAUUAAUAGCACACUUUGUUGGGGGUGCGUGGAGAGUGACCUAGAAGUGUAUAAUUUCAGGUCUGACCUGAUAGUACCAUCUUCCAAAACCCUUCAUGUAUUGAUAUUAACUUAUGAGUAGGAUAGUAGAUAAUGUUUAUUGCUCAACCAUUCCUCUAUCUGUUCAAAUUACUAGGAAAAGGAAUGAGAGAAAAUAUGAUAGCCAUCUUAGGUCUCAUAGCACAGAAUGAUUUAUUCAUUGAACGGCUAUCUUUCAAUGACUAUAUAUUGAGCAGUUACUCUUUCUAUGAUGUGUUGGGCACUAAACUGCAUAAGAAAAAUACAGUGUUAAAUUCUAUUCCUACUGCUAUCCUGACAUAGUAUGUGACCUUGAGUAAACCACCAAAUGGACUUUAUUUUUCCUCUGUGGGUAAAAUUGGGAUAUCAAGACACAAAGCCUCAUAUCUCACAGAGGUAUUAUGGAGACUGAUAAAAUAUAUUGAUAUGGAUAUAACAUUUAAAUAACUUUGCAAAAUAGUACUUCUGGAUAUGGAACUGAUUUUCUCUCUGAGAGCUUUUCUAUAUUACAUUGUCAUUUCUUUCACUCUCAUUGUGAAAACUGAUUAAAAUUAAAACAUAGUGUACUUUAUUGAAAUUAGAAUUAAAAUAAACAAUUUUAAUGUAAACAGCACUAAUAAUAAUUAUAAAGUUUUAUCUGAUUCAAGUCAUAAUAGCACUUUAGAUAUAUUAUCUAAACUUGUCAUCUGUAUGUUUUCAUCAAAUAAAAUCCUUUUGAUC